AACAUAUAAACAUAUCCUACACAAUUAUACAUAGUUACAUGCUCUCUCUCUCUUUCUCUCUCUCUGCCCAUUUUCUAUUGUCAAUUCUUAAAGAAAAAUUUAUAAAUUAAAUAAGCAUGAUUUCACCACUACCCAGUAUUUAUAACACCAUACCCACAUGGGCAAAACUUUAAGAAAACCAAACCCAAUAGUGUGUGUGAGUGUUGGUGUUUUUUUUAUUCAACUGGUGCAUAGAAGUUCAAGCCUGUCAGAGCCAUAAAACCAAGGUGAAGAAUUAGAAGCUAUAAGAGAAUAGAAAGGGAAAGAUAAAAAAGAAGAGAAAGAGAAGUUAUGUGUUAUUUUUUGGGGUUCAAGAACUUUGGAAAUGGUGAGAGAUUGAAUUGUAAAUUUGUAAGUUGUUGGUUUUGAAUAAGUUGGAUUUCUUAGAUGGUUAUCAUGUGUUGGGUGGAUACAAAAAUUAGGAAUAAAUGGUGUUAUUGUUUUGAUCAUAGAAGAAGACAAGAACAACAACACCAAUGUAGACAACAACAAAUACAUACAGAUUUGGCAAAAGAAACAACACCAAGAAAUUUCUCAAACAUGGCUUCUAGUUGGUGCAGUGAGAUCUCACCAAUCAUUUCCCUUUUUGUAUGUUUUCUUCUUGUUGUUUCUUUAAUUUGUCCUGUUUGUUCGUCGGCAACCGGCAAUAGCCAUGCAACAAAUCAGACUUUCAGGCCGGAAGAAGAGUUACAUAAGUUGAAGAUUAUAAGAGAACAUCUUAACAAGAUUAACAAGCCUUCUGUCAAGACAAUUCAGAGUCCUGAUGGAGAUCUUAUAGACUGUGUUUUGUCUCAUCAGCAACCAGCUUUUGAUCAUCCACAAUUGAAAGGAAAAAAACCAUUGGAGGCACCAGAAAGACCAAAAGGGCAUAAUCCAACAGGCAUGGUAAGUGAGAAUUUUCAGUUAUGGAGUCAAGCUGGUGGGUCAUGCCCAGAAGGGACAAUUCCAAUAAGAAGAACAAAGGAAGAAGAUAUGUUAAGAGCUAGUUCUAUUAGAAGAUUUGGAAGGAAACUAAGAAGACAUGUUAGAAGAGACACAAACAGCAAUGGACAUGAGCAUGCAGUUGGGUAUGUGAGUGGAGAUCAAUACUAUGGUGCGAAAGCAAGUAUAAAUGUGUGGGCACCAAGAGUUGCUAACCAAUAUGAAUUCAGCUUAUCACAAAUGUGGGUCAUUUCAGGUUCAUUCGGGGAUGAUCUUAACACUAUUGAAGCUGGUUGGCAGGUUAGCCCAGAACUGUAUGGGGACAAUUAUCCCAGGUUUUUUACCUACUGGACUACUGAUGCUUAUCAAGCAACUGGAUGCUACAAUUUACUAUGCUCAGGCUUUGUCCAAACCAACAAUAGAAUUGCAAUUGGAGCUGCCAUCUCUCCAACAUCUUCUUAUAAUGGAGGACAAUUUGAUAUCAGCUUAUUAGUUUGGAAGGAUCCAAAGCAUGGAAAUUGGUGGCUUGAAUUUGGAAAUGGGGUUUUAGUUGGGUAUUGGCCAUCAUUUUUAUUCACUCACCUAAGAGAUCAUGCAAGUAUGGUGCAAUUUGGUGGAGAAAUUGUAAAUUCAAGGCCCUCAGGAUUUCACACAUCAACCCAAAUGGGAAGUGGUCAUUUUGCAGGAGAGGGUUUUGGAAAAGCUUCAUACUUUAGAAAUUUACAAGUUGUUGAUUGGGAUAAUAAUUUAAUUCCCUUAUCAAAUUUAAGAGUAUUGGCUGAUCAUCCAAACUGCUAUGAUAUCCAAGGAGGAAUUAACAGAGUUUGGGGUAAUUAUUUUUACUAUGGAGGACCUGGAAGAAAUGUGAGAUGUCCCUAAGGGAAUGGUAUAUAGCUUGGAUUUUUCUUUUUCUUUUUCUUUUUUGGUUAUUUUCUUGUUGGGGUGAUAUGGGUUUUUUUUUUCUCUCAAGAUCAUUGGGUGAGUUUGGGUUAUUUUUAUAAUUAUUUAUUACCUUCUUAAUUCAAUUUUUUUUUUUCCUUUUUUGUAAUUUUUACCUCUCAACUAACAGGUGAUUAAUCAAUUAUACCAUUACCUCCUUAGGGACUUUCAUGUAAAUGUGGAAAAUAGAAAUUAAAUACUAGUGAAUAUACUAUGGCUUGUAUUUUUCUUUUC